AUGGCGCCAUCCCCGUCUCCAAGCCCGUCCCCCAGACCCCCAGCGAGGUCAGCGUCGGCGUCAGCAUCCACGCCUACUCCCACUGCGGCAGCCGAGACCCCGCGCUCUACUUCACCAGCUACCGCGGCCGAAAUCGCCCGCCUCAAGUCUGAGAAUGCCGUCCUCACCGCGCGCCUGGCCCAUGUCAAUGCGCGCAUCGCAGCGAUGGAACAGGAGCAAGCACGCAAGAAGGCCGCCGUCCAAGCCGGCCUCGAAGGCCUCGCGCAGGCCCAGGCUGCCGCCGCGCGCCAGCGCCAGCAGCGAGAGAGGGAGCGCGCAGAGCGCGAGUGGGAGCGCGAGCACGCGCGUACGCGUACGCCGACGGGACACGGGCGCACGGGGAUGGGCAUGGGCGGCAUGCCCCACGCCGGCUUGUCACACCGCCCGCACGAGUACGGUCAUGCGCGGUCCUCGUCCACCCCGUCCAUCGGCACCAGCACCAGCACCAUGCGCACCCCGCCACGCGCAUCGCGCACCGCUACACGCGCGACGGCGACGCUCGCACACGAGAUCGAGUGCGCGACCAUGCCCGAGGAGGACGAAGACAGCAGCGACGACCACGCCGUGUUUCACGAGGCGCACUCGUUUCAGCCCCGCUCGCUGUCGUCCGAGCUGCGCGGCCACAUGGCCACAAACGUCGACUCGGACGCGCGUGAGGAGGAGUAUGCCAGUGCCCUCGCCAAGCUCCAGGGUAGCGGCUAG